UUUCUCUGUCCGAUUCUGCAUUGUGAUUGGGGGGAGUGGGGGAGUGCUCUCACCAUUUCCUCUCGCCUGUCCAUUCACAUCAGCGCUCCACUCCUCCGCCCCCGAAUUCCCAAAUCCUGCGCCGCCUCCUCCCCAACCCUGCUCGUCGAAUCCUCUCACGCCGGAGGAAUCCCUCUCCGGCACUCCUCGUCCUGCUCCCCUGCCGGGCUGGCGUGGCGUGGAGAUCCACCCGCACGUGGAUUGGUCUCUCCUUCUGCUGCCGCGGUGCCGCACUGAUCCACACUCUCGGCCUUAUUUCUAGCGGCGACGACAAGCGAGCAGCCAACCCCACCUUGGCCAGGUCUUCUGUCGGGCGACCACCUGGGCCUUCGUCGGGCGCCGGCGACGAACAUACGACAGAGCUAGUAAAUAAGCGAAUUCCGUGCGUCAUUCAAGACUGCUUGGAGACUCCACUUAUUCCUUGCCCAAGCAAAUAGAAAAAAAAAAGGAUUCUGCAUUGGGUGCAGAUGUUGCCUCUUCCUUUAAAGUGAAAGCUCUGUCCUUCUUUUGGGAGCUUAAGAGGCAAAAGGGACAUAGGGCUAGAGGAGAGGAAUAAACAAUGGGAAAGGGAGAUGUGGCCACUAGGUCCAAAUCUCAAAAAUCGUCAGCAAUACAGAAUGAGCAGAGUACACCUACUAAUCCCCCCACAGCAUAUCCUGACUGGUCUCAGUUCCAGGCAUACUAUAAUACUGCUGGGACAGCUCCGGUGACCCCUCCGGCUUUUUUUCAUUCAUCCGUAGCUCCAAAUCCUCAAGGACACCCAUACAUGUGGGGGCCACAGAUGAUGCCUCCUUAUGGGACUCCACCACCAUAUGCAGCCAUGUAUGCACAAGGCACACCAUAUCAGCAGGCACCCAUGCCACCGGGUUCACACCCAUACAGUCCUUAUCCUAUGCAGUCACCAAAUGGGACAAUUCAAACUCCAACAUCUGGUGCUGGCGGUACAGAGACAGAUAAGUCAAGCAAAAAUAAGCGAAAGACUCCCCUGAAGAGAUCCAAAGGAAGCUUAGGUAGUCUGGAUGUAGUUGUAGCCAAAAAUAAUAAAUCACCUGCAAAACCUUCAGCUUCUUCCUCCAAUGAAGGUUCUUCACAAAGUGAGAGUGGAAGUGGGAGUUCUUCUGAAGGAAGCAGUACAAAUUCAAAAAGUGGUUCAAGGACAAAGGAUAGUUCUGAGCGUGGGCAGGGUAAUGAUUCUAGGAAAGGUACUCAAAGCUCUGCUGUUGAGCCCACACAACCAUCUUCCGGGCCAGUUGUGCUUAACCCUAUGAUGCCAUUUUGGCCCGUUCCCCCUCCCAUGGGUGGCCCAGCAACUACUCUGAACAUGGGAGUAGAUUACUGGGGUGCUCCUGCUUCUGUACCCAUGCAUGGUAAAGUUGUUGCAGCACCGACAUCAGCUCCUUCGUCAAAUUCACGUGAUAUUGUUCUCAGUGAUCCGGCUAUACAGGAUGAGCGAGAAUUGAAGAAACAAAAACGGAAGCAAUCAAAUAGGGAAUCAGCUCGCCGCUCAAGAUUACGCAAGCAGGCUGAAUGGGAGGAAGUAGCCAACCGUGCGGAUUUGCUAAAGCAGGAAAAUAGUUCUCUCAAAGAAGAACUGAAACAACUUCAGGAGAAGUGUGAUAGCUUGACCUCAGAAAAUACAUCUUUGCAUGAGAAGCUUAAAGAACUUGAAGAUGAGAAAUCAAAUGGAAAUUGGUGCAAAGAUUAAAAGCAGAAACUUCUCUUUCUGACUUGAUAUAAUUUGGUGGUGACGUGAUAGGUCCGACAGUUAGGAGGUAUUCAUGUACGUUAUUAGAUUUUUGGCCGAGUAAAAUUGUAUCAUAGGAUUUGACAUGGUGGAUGGCUACAGAUUCUUCUUUUUCCAGUUGCAUCAGCCGCUGUGCUCUGUGCUUUCUUCCACUUUGUGCUAGAUGUCACAGAAGUAACGCUGUAGAAAUCCCCGGGUGAUGUUUAAAACCUUGGGAUUAGCGUGUGGUAUAGCUGUUGUAGAGCUGCUCAUUUAGCUUCUUGACAUAAACUGGAGCGUGUUAAGAUUAUCUUUUGUGAUUUAUCGAUUCAGAUGGACUAAUUUGUAUACUGUAGUACUGCACUAAUGAAUAGUAUUUACGGAUCGCACUUGAGCUUCCA